AUGGCAGCGAAGGUGGCAGUGAGCGAUGUGGUGUCGCUGCUCUCAGGCGACAAGAGGGACUUCCUCCUCCGUAACAAUGGCGACAAGGUGGCGAUCAGCAGUCUUGACGGGAAAGUGGUUGGUCUCUACUUCUCGGCCUCAUGGUGCAGACCCCGCAGACGCUUCACUCCUCUGCUGAUCGAAGUAUACGAUGAGCUCUCCUCGAAGGGCCAGUGCCAAUUUGAGAUUGUCAUCGUGCCAGCUGAUCACGACGAGGACUCCUUUGAUAGAUACUUUUCGAAGAUGCCGUGGUUGGCAAUCCCAUUUGCGGACUCUAACACACGUAAAAAGCUCGAUAUGCUUUUCAGGGUCGGAGGCAUACCCCACCUUGUCAUCCUCGAUGCCAGCGGCAAGGUCCUUAAUGAACAAGGUAUCGAAGCUGUGCGAGAAUACGGUGCAGAGGGGUAUCCAUUUACUCCUGAGAAGAUCAACCGGUUGAGGGAGGAGGAGGAGGAGGCUGCCAAGAAGGAACAGACUCUUCCAAGACUGUUGGUUUCGCCCUCCCGAGACUACUUGAUCUCCAAUGAUGGGUCCAAGGUUGCCGUGUCGGAUCUCGAAGGGAAGAUAGUGGUUUUGUACUUCUCGAUCAGUGCUUUCACCUGUUGCGCUGAGUUCACUCCGGUGCUGGCUCAAAUCUAUAGGAAGCUCAAGGAAGCCCGGGAGAGCUUUGAGGUUGUGCUGGUGUCGUUAGAUGAUGAGAAAUCGUCCUAUGAACAAGACCUGGCGAGCAUGCCAUGGCUCGCGAUUCCUUUCGAGGACAAGAGCCGUCAGAAGCUUGGCCGCUGCUUUGAUGUCAGGGCCAACCCAGCCUUGGUUGUGAUUGGUGCCGAUGGCAAGACUAUGGAUGUCAAUUACGCUGAGCUCGUCGAAGAGCAUGGAUUUGAUGCGUGGGAAGCGUUCCCGUUUUCUCAGGAGAGAUUGGAUUUGACGGCAGAGAAGGCAAAGGCCAAAAUGAAUGCACAGACACUGGAAUCUCUUCUUGUCUCUGGGGACCUCGAUUAUGUAAUUGGGAAACAAGGCUCGAAGGUUCCGGUGAAGGAGCUUGUCGGCGCGACCAUCCUCCUCUACUUCUCAGCUUGCUGGUGCGAUCGAUACCGCGAAUUUGCUGCCGGGCUGAUCGAGGAAUAACAAAAGAUCAAGAGCAUGGACAGUUCUUUCGAGGUGGUCUUCAUCUCCAGCGACCGCGAUCAGGAUUCUUUCGAGGAGUUCUUCUCAGGCAUGCCUUGGUUGGCGCUGCCGUUUGGUGAUGAGAGGAGGAAAUCUUUGAGCCGCACUUUUAGAGUCCGUGGCAUCCCCUCCCUGGUUGCAAUUGGUCCUACGGGUCGGACUCUCACAAAGGACGCAAGGAAUCUGUUAACGAUCCAUGGAGCUGAUGCCUACCCGUUCAGCGAGGAGAGGAUCAAGGAGUUGGAGCAGAAGAUUGAGGAGAUGGCAAAGGGGUGGCCUGAGAAGGUGAAGCGUGAUCUCCAUGGGCACGAGCUUGUGCUGACCCGCUGCAAGACGUAUUGCUGUGAUGGCUGCGGCGAGAUGGGAAGUAGGUGGUCCUACAGCUGCACCGGGUGCAAUGUCGAUUUCCACCCCAAAUGUGCAUUGAAGGAGGAGAAGAAGGAAGACGAAGAUGAAGAACAUGAUGGAAGGAUACGCGUGUGACGGAGCGGUUUGCCGCGAAGUCUUUUUAAGGUUUUGGCUUGUCUCUGUUCGAACCACGGAAUUCUACGGUGUCUGAGCGUAUGAAUCGAUGAGAAGAACACGACUGACCCUUUUUCACAUCAGAUCAG